AUGAACAUCGUGGUGGAGUUCUUCGUGGUGACGCUGCGGGUGCUGUGGGCGUUCGUGGUGGCGGCGGCGCGGUGGCUGGUGCGGCGGCCGGAGAAGAGCGUGGCCGGCCAGGUGUGCCUCAUCACGGGCGCGGGCAGCGGGCUGGGCCGCCUCUUCGCCCUCGAGUUCGCCCGCCGCCGGGCCCGCCUGGUGCUGUGGGACAUCAACGCGCCCGGCAACGACGAGACGGCCGGCCUGGUGCGACACAUCUACCGCCAGCUCGCCGAAGAAGCCGUCGCCGCCGCCCGCAAAGCAGCUGGGCAUGGAGAAGAAGAAGUGCUACCUCACUACAACCUGCAGGUCCAUACAUACACUUGCGAUGUGAGCAAAAGAGAGAAUGUCUACACGACAGCUGAGAGAGUCCGCAAAGAAGUUGGUGAAGUCUCAGUCCUGGUCAACAACGCUGGGGUGGUCUCUGGCCAUCAUCUCCUGGAAUGUCCCGAUGAGUUGAUUGAGAGGACCAUGAUGGUUAACUGCCAUGCGCACUUCUGGACCGCUAAAGCGUUCCUUCCGAAAAUGCUGGAAUUGAAUCAUGGGCAUAUCGUGACAGUUGCAAGUUCCCUUGGCCUGUUCAGUACUGCGGGAGUGGAGGAUUAUUGUGCCAGUAAAUUUGGAGCCGUGGGUUUUCAUGAAUCUCUAAGCCAUGAACUGAAGGCAGCUGAAAAGGAUGGUAUUAAAACAACACUGGUCUGCCCUUACCUGGUAGACACUGGAAUGUUCAGAGGCUGCCGAAUUAGAAAAGAAAUUGAGCCAUUCCUUCCACCGUUGAAACCAGACUACUGUGUAAAGCAAGCUAUGAGAGCAAUACUUACUGACCAGCCUAUGAUUUGUACACCUCGCUUGAUGUAUAUGGUCACUUUCAUGAAAAGCAUCCUGCCUUUUGAAGCCGUCGUGUGUAUGUACCGAUUCUUGGGAGCAGACAAGUGUAUGUACCCUUUCAUUGCUCAACGCAAACAGGCCACAAAUAACAAUGAAGCAAAAAAUGGGAUAUAACCUUUUACGACGGACUAGCAUUUAUAGCAGAAUUAUGAUCAAACUCUACGACUGAAUUGUGAAGUGCACUUGCAUUUAGCUGAUGCAAUCAUUAAAACCUUUUACUGUGGCAUUCUCUUGGAUCUUUUACCUGUAUAGUGGGCAGAAAAAUCAUUGUUUUUACAUACUGUAUAUAAAGUAACUCAACUUCUUGGAAACCAUGACAGAAAAAGUGAAUUUUAAAACGUAGUUGUUACCUUUGGUCCUUUCAGAAAUUUUGCUAAAUGUACAGUAACUUUAGUCACAAUACUAUUUUGUAGAAAUAAACCUAUGUAUGAAUUCCUCCUGAGAUGACCAUUCAAAUAUAAUUAUUUCACAAACUGUUUUAACUUUUCUGUGGUAUUAAAUUAUGCAGUAAUUCCUAUGGAUGAUCAUGUAAACUAAUGUAAUUUAACAGUGCAGUGU